AUGGCACAAGUAUUGGGUCCGAAUUGGAAACAGGCCAUUGAAAGCCAUACAGAGGCGAACGAGAAAGAUGAAAGGUAUCAACGCAUGCUUGAAGAAAAUAUUGGUACAGAUCAGGUUGUUUUAAAUGAUCAUGACGAAUUUGUGGUACUUAAGGGCCGGCCAUACCAGCCACCUCCAAGUUACCGACCGACUACUCGCAAGGAAUUGCUGCGACUCUUGGAUGAGUCAUUUUUCGAAUGGAAGAUAAAGAAAAGAGGGGGAAUGCCAAAGAGGAAUAUGAAUUCACCUAGUUUUCCGCUGAGUAGAACAGAUGUCUACGAAGAAGAAUAUGAAAUCGACCAUGUUAAAAAGAGACAGCUUCAUAAAUGGAUCUUGCAGUCCGAGAACAGAGAUUACCACCGACAUUUGCAACGAGUCCGCAAUAGGGCUGCCGGGGUUUCCAAAAGAAAGGCGCCGCGAAAUGCUAAACUAGGGAAAGCUAGGUCGCAUUGGGAUGAUACUCACUGGUCUCAUUCCGCCGGCGGUCGAGAGGAGCUUUCGAGUCCUGAGAGAGAAUUCGAUACUCUCUCUAUUUACAACAAUUCCACAUUCGAUAAUAAAGAGCAUCAGAGGAAUUUUGAGCUCUCUGCAAAAGAAGUGAAUAGUCUGUUUUGGUUGAGUACAGGGUCAUCUCCUUCGAAGCAAGGCAGCCAACAAUAUCAGCAGACUCCAGUUUCGGCGUACAGAAAAUCUUCUUCUAGAAAAUAUUCAGAAAUGCAAUCGCCAAUGGAAACACCAGAUACAGGAUACGGGGCAUCUCCAGUUAAUGAGACACCAUCUUCAUUUUCAGGCACACCUGGGCAAUCUUGUCUUAAUGAAUCACAAAUGAUAGCACAAUCAGUGUUGAAUUCAACGUAUGGGUUACAUCGAGGUCCAGAUGAUUGCACUGAAUUGGAUCCAGCUGGAUACCAAGAAGGGUCGACUAGCAAGAAGAAAAGAAGGAGCAGGAAAUAUAGAAUGAAAAACGCACGGCAGACAGAACAAAUUACAGAGAGCGUUGACGAAAUGACAAUAGAUUCAGAGGAAAUUACUCCUAAUACUGAGGAAAUCAUGCUGAAUACUGAUGGAAUCACGUUGAGUAGUUUAGAAAUCUCGCCGAAUAUUGAAGAAGUGACCCCAAAUGAUGAAGAAACUACAGCGAAUGAAGAAGAAAGUACUGCUUUUGAAGAAGAAAGUACUGCGAUUGAAGAAGAAACUACAGCGAAUGAAGAAGAAAGUACUGCGAUUGAAGAAGAAACUACAGCGAAUGAAGACGAAAGUACUGCGAUUGAAGAAGAAACUACAGUGAAUGAAGAAGAAAGUACUGCGAUUGAAGAAGAAGCUACAGCGAAUGAUGAAGAAAGUACUGCGAUUGAAGAAGAAACUACAGCCAAUGAAGAAGAAAGUUCAGCGAAUAAAGAUGAAAGUACGGCGAUUGAAGAAGAAAAUAUGAUGGAGGCAGGUUCCUCCAAUACGGAACAAUGUCUACCACCUGAAAGAACAACCGCUGCCUCCUCUACUGAACAGCAACUCGUACGCAAGAUUUGGCCUCUUCUCCAGCCCGUAAACCCAGAUCCCGAAAUAGUUAGGAGAAACACUAGAGACGGAAAAAGAACAACUCCGAGCCCUCUGGGUAGUAGAAUAAAACGAAAAAAACAAGUGAAGACUCAGCUUCGAGCUGUGCCUAAAGCGCAAACGGAAAUUUUGAACAAAAUCAGAGAGAAGUUUGACAUUCGACAAGGACCUGAUCCUGAAAUUGAGCGUGGUAACCUUUUGAGGAUUACACCAGAGGGAGAUUUUGCACUUUUGCAGCCCUUCAACCCCCUGCAACACGACUACUCGCCGCAAAUUGGACCUUACACGGUGUGUACUUGGAUGCCGUUUCUGAAAGAGCAAAACGUUAAGCAUUUGGAGCCCUGCAAAUACCUUCCUAUUUAUGGUGUGAAUGAUGCAUGUGCUGUUCUUCCACUCUCCCCUAGUCAGAAACCAACAGAAGCCAAACUGUUGCAGUUCUUGCCAUCUGGGUUCUUCUCCCCUUUCCCAAACCCAUUGGACGAGGAUUCUGUGCGAUAUCUGCUUCAGUUCAAGAACAUUUUUGAAGGCGGGCCUGAUGAAGCAAUGAUGAAUCGACUAAACGAAAACCCAAUCAAGUUCAGGGAGAAGUUUAUCGGAAAAGUGGAGAUACAAGGCUGGGUAUACUUGAAUUGGCGCGCCCUUCAAGGUGCUCUAGGGGGAAUCAAGCUAGACCCACAGGUCCUUAUAGGUGCAAGAUCUUUUGGCCCUCAGAGUGAAAACCAGUCAUUGAGGCAAAACAUACAGCAGGCCCCACAAGCACCAAACGCGACUGCAUUUGGACCGACUGCUACCAAUGCUGCCAACAUCGCUGCCAGUCCCGCUCAAUAUCCUAAUUAUGGACAGUAUAAUGUGCGUGAAUUCACAAACCAUCAACCAUGGAUGACAUAUCAAAGACAAGGAGCAGGAAGACUGACCACAAACAAUAACCCUCCUAGUUUAUGGGAUCAGACACCUGUUGGCCCAAGUUUUUCCCGGACGAGGCAACAUCUGCAAGGAUUUGACACUAACCCGUUAGCCUCGGUCGUCAACCUUGCCCAGCCUCAAUCACCUCAACCAGCCCGAGGGCACAGUCUUUUCGACUUAAACCGAGCUCCACCCUACCAAAUACAUCAGGGCCAACUUUUGCCGAUGCCAGAUCCGUCUAUCCAUGGUCACCCAACCCGUGGUCGGUCAAUCCAAGGCCGACCAACUACAGGUCAAGCAACCCACGGUCAACCAUUUCAAGGUCAAUUGAAUCGAGGCCAGCCAAUGCAAGAUCAACAGGCGAUGCAAGGUCAACCGAUUAUUGGGCAACCAUUGAACCAAUCAGCAAGUUCAUUGCAUGGCUACAACCAGAGUUCCGAUUCUGCUCCACCCGGGUUCAAGAGUUUUGAUCAGGCCUCCUCAAGUAAGGACCCCUACGCUAAUUUUCAGUAUGGUCAACCUUCUGUGCCAUCCAGUGGAACGCCAGGUAAUGUCGCCGCAGUGAUAACACAAGAGCAAAUGCAAGCAGUCCAAAGUAGAACAGUAAAUGGCCAAACUCAGGUGCAGACGCAUACGACUCCUGUGCGAACUACCGUACAAGUCAGGCCAGAGACCAACUUUGGAAAUCAAGCUUCGCAAGGUCAUAUCUCAGGGCUCGGAGCAUCUCAGCCAAGACAGAUUCAACAGCUAAUGAUGACGAACAAUUCAUCGUCUCAGAUGCCCCUGACGUCAUCUCAGAUGCAAUCAGCACUUCCCCCGAUGCAACCUACUUCUCCCCAGACGCAACCGACCUCUCAGAUGCAUCCGACAUCCUCUAAGAUGCAGCAGGUAUCUCCUCUGAUACAACCGACAUCUACGAUGCAGCCGACAUCAACUGCGUUACAAGGGGUACAACGGUCGAAUCAGCCUAAUCAAAUAAAACAACGAGGUGCCUUAAGUACAACGAACAUGGAAAAUUUCCCUGCUCUGAGUUCUGAAAACCGCAAUAUAGGUCAUAAGCGAUCAAUAUCUGAGAGGCCUUCCUAUCGAUCUGUUGCGGCAAGCUUUUUAAACAAAGACACCCCGCAAAAUAGAACCCCGGUUUCUUCAAACCAAACAUCUGGUGCCACAUCAUCAACUGGCACCUCUGCUAAUUCGCAGGUGUCUUCGAACAGAUAUACUCCCAUUAAUCGACCCGACAGCCAUGGUUCUCAAACAAUGAGCCCUUCACAGACGUUCAACGCACGAAAUCAAAGAGCAGUUUCUCAAAAUCCAGCAACUAGAAGCUCACAUACUCAACCGUCAGCAGCUCAGAAACCGCCUGCAAAAAAUCAGCGCGUAAAAUCUAGACGAAGGCGCAAUCAACAAAUGCCAACAAGGAACACCUUUGACCACUUAGGAACAACUUUGAGUCCAACAAUUGCGGAGUGCCCUUCCGAGGGGCAGACUCUGAACACCGUACAAGAAUCACCUGCAGCGCCGGCACCACCUCAGCUGCACGCCGCAUCCCUUCAGAUGCAAACGACAUCUCCGUUGAAGUCUCCGACACCACUUGUGCAGCAUCCGACAUCGCAAAUGAAUCAACCGACAGGACCUCAGAUGCAAACGACUUCUCCGUUGAAGUCUCCGACACCACAUGUGCAACAUCCGACAUCACCGCUGAAUCAACCGACAGGACCUCAGAUGCAAACUACUUCUCCGUUGAAGUCUCCGACACCACAUGUGCAACAUCCGACAUCACCGCUUAAGCAACCGACAGGACUUCAGAUGCAAACGACAUCUCCGUUGAAGUCUCCGACACCACUUGUGCAGCAUCCGACAUCGCAAAUGAAUCAACCGACAGGACCUCAGAUGCAAACGACUUCUCUGUUGAAGUCUCCGACACCACAUGUGCAACAUCCGACAUCACCGCUGAAUCAACCGACAGGACCUCAGAUGCAAACUGCUUCUCCGUUGAAGUCUCCGACACCACAUGUGCAACAUCCGACAUCACCGCUUAAGCAACCGACAGGACUUCAGAUGCACACGACAUCUCCGUUGAAGUCUCCGACACCACAUGUGCAACAUCCGACAUCACCGCUGAAUCAACCGACAGGACCUCAGAUGCAAACGACAUCUCCGUUGAAGCCUCCAGCACCACCUGUGCAGCAUCCGACAUCACCGCUCAAGCAACCGACAGGACUUCAGAUGCAAACGACAUCUCCGUUGAAGCCUCCGACACCACCUGUGCAACAUCCGACAUCACCGCUGAAGCAACCGACAGGACCUCAGAUGCAACCGCUAUCAACCCUGCAUGAUGCAUUCAGUACACCUCAAUUGAGACAUCGUAAUCAGCUCGGAGCCCAAGUUCGAUCUGUAUCCCAUGAACCAUACAACCCCUAUUUUUCUGUUUCACCAUCUGGACCCAGAAGAAGAGGAUCGUAUCCCCACCCAAUGACAGAUGGAUUUGAAGCAACGUUUGCAGGCUCGAAAGUAUACUAUUCUCCUGGGAAACGAGAGACGGAAAGCCGACAAAGUGGAGAAAUGCAAGGUUAUGGUCAGAACCAGCAUCCGUUUAUGGCGCAAGAAACAGAUUUUCAGGCUUUCCCUAAUUUUAAACCUACGCAAGAAUCGAAUGCAUUUUUAUCCACAAAAAUACAGCAGAUGCCUCAGUUCUCAAAUUCUACACCCGAACGAAGAAGAUCGAUUGGCAAUUUCGAAAACGGGAUACAACAGACACCCGCUGAUCAACAUUUUCAGGUGUUUUCGAAAUCUUCAGAAAGUAUACCUGGCUCCUCGUCGCCAUUUAGUCUUAGAUCUUACAUCGGAAACUCACCAGUUAGUGAACCACAAUUUUCACCUCCGAUUUCUUCGAAUCAAUUCAACGUUCAAGCCCAGGAAAGCUCCGAAUACCCAAUGAUGCAACAAGAGACUUCUACAAUUGUACCAAAUGAGAGCCCUGCAGUUCCUGAUGAUUUGAUGGCAGAUUCAACUGCAUGUCAGGAGACCUCUAGUAAGCAAAAGAAAAAGAGUAGGAGGAAUAGAAAGAUCAAUGAUGCAACACCGAAUACCGACGGGUUCAUUGCGCCGGCAUUGCCACUUUCACCUGAAAGUAACGCAGAAUCCAAUAUUACCAAUACUACAGUCACUGCAAGUCAUCAAAUCACAACUCAAACUACUGUUACCAAUGAGUUCCCAAUAACGGAACAAGGAACAUCUGAAAACACAAACGUUGAAGGUGAUCAGAAUCAAAUUUCAGCUCCCGGAGAAGUUGGUGUCAGCGAGUCUACACAAGAUGCAGUCAGUAGUAGUAAAAGUAAAAAGAAGAAGAACAAAAACAUAAAUAAAACAGCCUCUGCAAUAAAUUCGACCAAUAAUGAAGUUACUGUAGCGCCGGAACCUGCGAACCCGACCACUACAGUUCCCGUACCGGGCGCCCAGACUACUGCAAAACCCGUAGCUGACAACCAGGCGAAGACCACUACAUUUCCUCUGCCUGCAGCCAUGACAAUUUCCAGCUUGACCAGAGCAGGGAAGAAAAAAACAAAACACUCAUUCAAUCCGAAGGCAUUCUAUUUUGAUCGGACGCUAACCGCGGCGCAAAUUACAGAUCUGCCAGAGAAGGUGAAUGGAAAAAAUCGGUUGGAAGCUGAGCAGACACUAAUUUCUAAUCUCUACUUGUGUUUGGGGGAACGUGGACAGGACGAACUACAUAACCGAAAACCCCAUUUGGAUCUGGCGACUACCCGAUAUCCACGGGUUUUGGAUGAAUUUGAGAAUGUCUUCAGGAAGGAAAGAAACGAAACGUUCGAGACGUAUCAGCUACUAUCUCGGAAACAACGUGACGGGGAAACGUUGGAUGAAUUUCACUCCGUAUUGAGUGGACUGGCCGCUAGAUGCUCAUUGGGAGCAUUGGAACGACGGGUGUUACGUGACGUACUCAUAGUGAAUAUGUCCAAUAAGGAGGCUCAAACGGAACUAUGUCGUUCAACUAAGACACCAGAUGAGGUCUAUCGGAUUUUUUUGUCAUAUGAGCGGGGUGACAAAUACGCUAAGUCAUAUAAAGUAUCCGGUGGGGGACUUACCGCAGCACCAGCGGGCUCACUACAAAUUAAAGCGGAGCCUAUAAGCGCAAUCAGAGGAGGUUAUCGCCGGCCAUUUCAAAGAGGCGGACGUGGAUUUGGCAGAGGAGGCACAAGGGGCCGCGGAGGAGCAGCAGAUCGCAAGUGCUACAAUUGUGACCAGAGUGGUUUUACCCCGAAUCAUAUUCCAAAGUGUCCAGCAAGAAACGCAGCCUGCAAUUUUUGCAAGAAAACUGGACAUUACGAGCGAACUUGUAGAGGACGUCGAUCGGCGAAUAGGGGUCGCGUAGGCAUGAUAAAUGAGGACGACACUGAUGGCGGGAUUGCACAAGAUUAUCCGGAGGAGAGUGCAUCCAAUUACGGAAGUUCCUUCGGAUGGGUGACUGAUUCAAAGGCACCGGCACAUGGAUGGGAUUCGGAUAGUUCAACGGAGUAUGUAGUUAUGUCAAUCCGGCGGAAGGAGGAAACAGAAUUGAGAGUCGCGGGGGCCAAACUAGCCUUAAGAAUCAAUGGCAAAGCAACUCAGGCCUGGAUUGAUAGUGGUUCGCCAAUAUCCAUCUUCACUAUUGGGGAACUAAAACGUACCCUGGGAACAGCUAACGUACAAUUGAAACCGCUGGAUCCGAAAGACGACCAAUUCCGCGACUACGGCAACAAUUCGUUAAAAUUUCUGGGGAAAAUGCAAGUCACGCUUCAUUCCAAUGGAUAG